AUGAGACGAGGAGCAAUGGGACAACCGACUUUAUGGUUUUUGAACCUACAAGAGUUUCAGAUUUGUUUUAAAGCUCCAAAUGAUACCACCCUUAUUCACAUCGCUGAGUUCCUCAAACAGUGUCCUAAUCUCAAGAAGAUAAAUGAUUUCACAUUUACUCCUUAUCUGUUUUUGGAGUCCUGUCAGAAGCCAAAGAUUUAUGAUGGCAGCUACCUUAUGAACAAUAUCAAGAACGUCAAGAUCAUGGGCUACAAAAACGAGUGGCAUGAACUUAACCUACUAGAGUUUUUUGUCAGAAACGCAGAAUCUCUGGAGGAGUUGGUGCUGGUCGAGCCUAGGGACCCAAAUGCCACAAUGUUCCCACCCAAUUAUGAGAGGAUCGCCAACAUAAGACGCAUGUGUCCAAAGGAAGGUCUCAUUAAAUUUGUGCCCAACACAAGUGAGUGA